AGGAGCAAACAAAAACAGACAACCCAAUGUCGGUCUACCAUAGACAUUCCGAUCAUUGAUCCAUGUUAUUUACAUAUACGCGAGAGUAAACAAUAUUUAAGUGAUAAUUAAAUUACUAAUAAUUUCGCCAAACAAUAACAAUGGUCGGGUGCGUCUUGGUAGUUUAAAUAGUGAAUUUUAAAACAAUUGCUUACAUCAAAAUCUAUCAUGAAUUUGUCUGCAAUCAGACUAGUGACGUUCGAUGUUACCGGGACGCUUUUAAAACUACGCUCGGCACCCGGUCAGCAAUAUGGUGAAAUUGGCGCUAUGUACGGGGUGGUUGCCGACAAUAAUCUAUUGAAUAAAAAUUUCAAAAAUCAGUUCAAACGGAUGGUCAAAGAAGAACCGAAUUUUGGAUUGAAAUCUGGACUCGGAUGGGAAUCAUGGUGGAAAACUGUUAUAAGAGAAACGUUCAAGGCGUCAAAGUUUCAAUUGAAAGACGAAAAACUCGAUAGAAUUGCCGACCACUUAUUGGAAAUGUAUAAAACUUCAGCCUGUUGGCAACACGCCUACGGAGUACCCGGUAUAUUGUCCUACAUUCGCAACAAAAAAAUUCCCAUGGGCGUUAUCAGCAAUUUCGAUCCCAGAUUAGAAGCGAUUUUGAUAAACACCAAGUUGAAACACUAUUUUGAAUUUUUGCUCACAUCUUAUGAGAAUGGAUUUGAGAAACCAGACAAGAGAAUCUUCGACUUGGCUCUGGAAAAAUCUAAUCUGACUAAUUUGAAACCAGAAGAAUGUCUGCAUAUUGGGGAUAAGCCUCACUUGGAUUAUGCAGCUGCCAAAAAUGCCGGGUGGAAUGCUUUCGUCAUAAACGAUGGUGAUUUUAAAAGCUUCAAGGAGAAAUAUCCGGAAUUGAACCAGGAGCAUUAUUUCAGCAGUGCCUAUCAGCUACAUAUCACUUUUUUGAGGAAUUCGGGCGAUAAAUUGUCCACCGCCGAACAAGACCUCAACUAAAUAAGUUAACUUAUACCUAUGUUUAUUUGAUAAUACAUUUAUUUUUUAUUGAACGUAUUUCAUCCAUUAAUUACUUUAGAUUUCUACAAAUUGUUAUAAAUAAUAGGGGUCGCCGAGUUUCC